CAAUUUAAAUAAUUCUCCUAAUGCUGCGUUUACUCCAUUAUCAAAAAAAUAAGAUGAACAAUGAUAAUACCAUGAGGAAGAAAGAAAACCCACUGUUGAAAGCAAACUUCAUUUCCAAGGUAACUUAUUUUUACAUGUUCAAAAUAAUGAGUGUGGCAGUCCACCAUGAAAUAUCUGAGGAAGACACAUAUGAGGUGUUACCUCGACAUAAAUCCAGUACAUUGGGAAGACAACUGGAAAUUUACUGGAACGAAGAAGUGAAAAAACAUAAGAAGUUUGCACUCCACAGAGCAUUAUAUAGAAUGUUUGGAAACAGUUACAUGUUGUUGGGGUUUUGCAAAUUUUUAGAAGAACUUGUCUUGCUCUUGGUGAUGCCUUUAUCAAUUGGAAAGAUAGUUACGUACUUCGAAAAGGAUCAGUCCAUAGUUUCAGUAUCAGAACUGUACAUCUACUCCACAGUAGUCAUCGUCACCCUAUAUGUAAAUGCCAUUUUCUCCCAUAAUGCUACCUUCCAUCUUUUACACAUCGCGAUGAAAAUGAGGAUAGCUUGUUCAUCGCUGAUGUACAGAAAAGCACUCAAAUUGAGUAAAAGUGCUGUGGAAAGAACCACUGUUGGCAAUAUCAUCACGAUGCUAUCAAGCGAUGUCGGUAAAUUCGAACAGGGAUUUUUCCUUUCACAUUUCGUUUGGAUUGCACCAAUACUCACAUUAGUUGCACUUUAUCUUCUGUACAAUCAAAUUCAACUUAGUGCUCUCUGGGGAAUUAUAUUUUUAUCAAUAUUCAUACCCAUACAAGUUCUUCUAGGAAAUAUGACGUCAUCUAAGAGAUAUAAAAUUCUGCAACGAACUGAUGAAAGGGUCAGAUUGAUACACGAACUCCUAACUGGUAUUCAAGCCAUCAAAAUGUAUUGUUGGGAAAAACCAUUUUCAACAGUAGUAAAGAUUGCCAGAAGAAAUGAGAUGAGUGAAAUCAGAAAUCACAGCUACCUCAUAGGACUACUCUACUCCCUCGAAUUUUUCAUAACAAGAAUAGCAGUCUUCAUAAGCCUAGUUGUUUACGUCCUUCUCGGGAAUACUUUGGCACCGCAGAAGAUCUUCGUCGUAACUGCCAUAUACAACGUGAUUAAGCCAGCUGUCACAAUAGUCUUUGCCAUGAGCAUAGCCGCCCUCUUCAGUGUCAACGUUUCCCUGAAGAGAAUUGAAAACUUUCUUCGAAAUCAAGAUUACGUUGAAAAUCCAUCCGGUUUUACACCGAACAACCUUAGGAAUAUCGACCCAAGAGACCUGGAAUCCAAUCAGGUCUCUUUACCAAUUGAGCCGAGGGUUUUCGUAAGAGGUGUAUGUGCCAAAUGGUUGGAUACGUCAAACGAGAUCACACUCAAAAAUUUGAAUUUUAACAUAUUAUCAGGAGAAUUAGUUGCUAUCAUCGGACCAGUUGGAAGUGGCAAGACGAGUCUCCUCAAUAUGUUGUUGAGAGAAAUGAUUGUCAUAAGCGGAGACGUAGAUAUUCAAGGAAGAAUAUCUUACGCCUCACAAGAACCUUGGUUCUUCGCUGGAAACAUCCAGCAAAACAUACUUUUCGGAGAAUCCUACGAUCAGGAUAGGUACGAAUCAGUUACACAUGUUUGUGCUCUUUUAGGUGAUUUUCAAAAUUUCCUUCACGGCGAUGCUACUCUAGUCGGGGAAAGAGGAAAAGCACUCAGCGGCGGACAGAAGUCAAGGGUGAACUUGGCGAGAUGCAUCUACAGAAAAGCAGAUAUUUACAUUUUAGACGAUCCUUUAUCUGCCGUGGACGCCAAGAUAGGCAGGCAUCUGUACCAGAAAUGCAUAGAAACAUUUUUAGGGGACAAAAUUUGUAUUUUGGUAACUCAUCAGUUGCAGUACCUGAAAACCGCUGAUAAAAUUAUAAUAAUGAAGGAUGGUCGUAUCGAGGCAUGCGGCACUUUUUCAGAAUUACAAAAUAGUGGUUUAGAUUUCGCUGAAAUGUUGGAAACAAUUCAAGCUGAGAUUGAGGAGAAAGAGAGUAGAAAUAUAACUAAGGCGGAUGAGAAAAAUAGUGAAGAUAUGCCGCAGAUGGAAAAAGAAAAGGUUGUGCAAGGAGAGGUGGACUUGCACACGUACUGGAGUUAUCUACGAGCAGGAGGAAACCUGUUUCUUAUAUCGAUACUCAUUUUUCUAAUACUCAUAAGUCACGUUGCGUCUUUUGGCGGUGAUUAUUUCGUUGCUUAUUGGGUCAAUUUGGAGCAAGUCAAAGUAGUGCAGCCAAGAAUUGCAUACCCGACAAGUAUUCAAAGGACGAAGAUCAUAUCUACAUAUGCAGUAAUACUUGCCUGCACAACAGUGACUGCUAUUGGAUUCUGCUUAUACUACGCAGCGUUUUUUUCGCGUGCUUCCCGCAAUCUUCACGAGAAAAUGUUCAAUAGACUCAUGCAGGCUACUAUGAAUUUCUUCAGUAAAAACUCCGUUGGCAAAAUACUCAAUCGAUUCGCUAAAGAUUUAUCUUUAGUUGAUGAACAUAUUCCAAUUGUUCUUCUGGAAGUUAUUUUGAUUGGUUGUUUCGUCUUUGGGAUAUUUCUCCUGUCGGUCAUCGUAGAAGCGUUUUUGAUUAUUCCACUACUACUGUUAUUCACAGGUAUUUAUUUCUUCAGAAGAUUUUAUAUAAGGACCAGUAGGAGUGUCAAGAGACUAGAGUCCGUAGCAAGAAGUCCGAUUCUUGGUCACAUGACGGCAUCUUUAGAAGGUUUGGCAACAAUACGAUGUUACAAUAUGGAAAAAGAUCUAACUGAAGAGUUUGAUCGCUUGCAGGAUGUCCAUAGCAGUUCUUGGUUCUUAUUCCUAGCCUCUAGUAGAUGCUUUGGAUUCUGGUUAGACAUGUUUUCCUUCACUUUUGUGGCGGUUUCUAUUUAUUUCAUGCUGCUUUUCAGUUCAGGCAUGAAUGGUGGGAAUAUUGGUCUUGUCAUCACACAGUAUCUGGGCCUUAUAGGGUCUCUACAGUGGGGCAUGCGUCAGUGGAGUGAACUGGAGAACCAGAUGGUUUCUGUUGAGAGACUCCUCGAGUACACAGAAAUCGAAAUCGAACCUGAGCGCCCCAACAAACCGGACCUACCGAAGAACUGGCCGAAAAAGGGCAAGGUCGAAUUCAAGGAUGUAUGUUUGAAGUACGAUGAAACGGAUGACGCCAUUCUGAAAAAUAUCACGUUCUCUGUGGAGCCUGGUGAGAAGAUCGGCAUCGUCGGAAGAACCGGAGCUGGAAAGUCUUCGGUGAUAUCUGCUCUUUUCCAACUUUAUGAAGUCGAAGGCAUGAUCCUGAUCGACGAUAUCAAUAUAACUAAUAUUCCCCUGAAAGUUAGCCGCCAAAAAAUUUCCAUCAUUCCCCAAGAACCUUUCCUGUUUUCUGGAACUAUGAGGGAAAACCUAGAUCCGUUUUCUAAAUACAACGAUGAGUUUCUCUGGAAAGCACUGGAGCAAGUUGAAUUGAAGGACGUUAUUUCCGAUGAAAAUAAAGGUUUAGAUCUUAUAAUAACAGAAGGUGGACAUAACUUGAGUGCUGGUCAACGACAAUUGGUGUGUCUUGCGAGGGCGCUCAUACAGCAGAAUAAAAUCAUCAUAAUGGACGAGGCUACUGCUAAUGUAGAUCCAUACACGGAUGCCUUGAUUCAGAAAACCAUAAGAACCAGGUUCGUUGACUGCACUCUGUUGACGGUAGCUCAUCGACUGCAUACCGUCAUGGACUCAGACAAGAUGUUGGUGAUGAAGAGAGGAAGAGUAGAAGAAUUCGAUCAUCCGUAUAUUCUACUCAGGAAUCCAGAUGGUUUUCUAUACCGUCUUCUUAAAGCUACCGGGGAGAAUACUUUUCAGAGUUUGGAACAAACUGCCAGGAAUAAUUAUGAAGAGAAAUAUGGGGCAAAAUAUAUAAGAGUCAAACCUUUCGAAGUUCCUCGAAGAAAAAGAGAUAUUUGAUUCAAUAUGUA